AUGGUGCAGCAGGACGCGCAGGAAGUCGCUCGGCUGGUGGCCAGCCUGGAGGCUGCCACCAAGAAAGGCAGAGCCGGGGGAAAGAAGUCGUUCACGUGCAAGAAGAGUACCUUCAACGUGGAAAAAGCAAACAAGAUCCAGGUGCAUUCGUGGAAGUUCAUGGACUGGGAUUACAAGCGCAGCGAUCUCCCCACCUACGCCCGCGGACUGUUCACCACCCAAAGGAAGGAUGGCACUCACGAAAUUGCUGUCCGCGGAUACGACAAAUUCUUCAAUGUGGAUGAAGUAAAUGAAACGAAAUGGAGGAAUGUUGAAAUGAAUACCCGGGGCCCUUAUGAACUGAGUGUGAAGGAAAAUGGAUGCAUCAUCUUCCUCUCUGGCCUGGAAGAUGGCACCCUGUUGGUCUGUAGCAAACAUUCGACGGGCGUUCGGGAGGAUAGGAACCUCAGCCAUGCUCAAGCUGGUGAGCGCUGGGUCGAGCGCCAUGUCAGCUCUGUCGGAAGAACCGUCAAGGAGCUGGCACAAGAGCUGCGCAGGCUGAACGUCACGGCGGUAGGCGAGUUGUGUGACGAUAACUUCGAGGAGCAUGUUCUUGCUUACGAUGAGAGCGCUUCGGGUUUCUAUCUACAUGGACUCAACUUCAACGUCCCGCAUUUCGCAACUCAACCUAGCUCGGAGGUACACAAGUUCGCCGAUGCCUGGGGCUUCAAAAAGGCCAAUUUCGUCGUGUACGAUGACAUUGACCAGGUGAAGAAGUUUUUGGAUGAAUGUGCUGAAACAGGGACCUGGGAUGGCCGGGAGACUGAAGGCUUUGUGGUCCGAUGCCACAUGAGCAUUCAGGGACGCCCCCCAUACCAGGACUGGUUCUUCAAAUACAAGUUCGAGGAGCCCUAUUUGAUGUACAGGCAGUGGCGCGAAUGUACAAAGGCAGUCAUUUCCGGCAAAUAUCCUAAUAUCAAAAAGCACAAGAAAAUCACGGAAGAAUAUCUGCAUUAUGCUCGGAGGCAGCUCGCUCAAAACCCUCACCUUGGGCAUCUUUACCAGCAAAAUCAUGGAAUCAUCGCUAUGCGAGAGGGUUUCCUGAAGGAGAGAGGUCUUAACGGAUCUGAAAUCAUUCAACUGGAAGCCGAGGGUGACGAAGUGACGAGGGAUGUUAUUAUAGUCCCCGUCGCCUCGCUAGGCUGUGGAAAGACCACGCUGGCUCUUGCUCUAUCCAAGUUGUUUGGAUGGGGCCAGGUGCAGAACGAUAAUAUCCCAAAGCAGAAGAACAAACCCAAGAAAUUCGCCUUGGACAUUACCAAUCUCCUUGGCCAACACCGAGUGGUGAUCGCGGACCGCAACAACCACAUGAGGCGCGAAAGACAGCAACUUGUAGAGGAUGUAUCCGCUGUCAUCUCCCGGGCUCGCUUUGUCGCACUUCAGUACGUCCACGAGCCUAAGGGGCAACUGCUUCCAGGAAUCCGCGAGGUGACGCGGCGACGAGUCCUCGACCGCGGAGAUAACCACCAAACCAUCCGCGCAGGAAGCAAGAAUCCCGAGGAGAUCAUCGGAAUCAUGGAAGGUUUCCUCAACCGGUUCGAGGCUGUUAACGCCGACCGUGAGCCAGAUUGCCAUUUCGACCAAGUGAUUGACCUCGACGUUGGGGCCUCUUCGCGAGAGAACCUAGAGACGGUGGUAAAGGCUUUGCAUUCAUUCUAUCCUCAUCUCGUGACCGAAGUCCCAACAUCGGGGCAACUAGACGAUGCGAUCAACUGGGCGAUGAAUGAUUACGAAGUGCAGUUGGACCUGAGCCAUCAGUACGGAUCCGCGAAACAGGUCCAGAAACCAAAGAACAAGAACAAAAUGACCGGCAGUCCCGGAGUCGCAGCCGCACCUCAACCCGAAGACCUAGCCAAGAAGAUCGAGUAUUUCAACAUCUCGCUGCCCACAGCAGAGGUGAAACAGGUCCUUCAGUCUUUGUUCCCUCCAUCCACGCCUCCCGAAAAAGCACGCCUAUACCAUCAGCUAGCCAACAGCCGACGCAUUCAGCCCGCAUUCCAUGUGACCCUCAUCCACCGCGCAUCGAAGAAAGACUUCCCAGACAUCUGGGAUAGCUAUACCCGCCAAUACAUUGACAAGAUGAAGAGCAAACCCGAGUCUGAUCCCACCAUCACCCCCACACUGGCUCCGGCUCGCGUGCGCUUGGAGCGUCUCAUCUGGGACGGCCGCCUCAUGGCCUUCGUAGCGCGGAUCAUGCCCCCAGAAGACCAGAACCAGGCAGAGUGGCCAUGCUCCAACGAAACCCCGCAUGUCACCGUAGGCACGGUCUCAACCGACGUCAAGCCCAAAGAGAGCAAUGACUUGCUGAAAUGGUGGCAUGAAGUCGGCUCAGGAGGCGAGACAGGUCUCUGGGAAGCCGAGAUCCCAGGCGUCAAGGUGGUGCACGGAAAUGUGGGAGUGGUGAUGAGCCGGAAAUAA